UAUUGUGGCUGUUUGGAGCGGUGUGUCCGCUCCAGUCAGUUGCAGUGCUACACAAUGAAGGUCGUUACUUGGAACAUAAACGGCAUUAGGGCCUUCAGAGGCGGCAUAAAAAAGGCUCUUGAUUCCCUGGAUGCAGAUGUUAUUUGUAUUCAGGAGACAAAAGUGACGCGAGACUUGCUAGAUGAAAGGAUUGCUAUUGUUGACGGAUACAACUCCUAUUUCAGCUACAGCCGAGGGCGCAGUGGCUACUCAGGUGUUGCCACCUACUGUAAGGACAGGGCCACUCCAUUUGCUGCUGAGGAGGGCCUCACAGGUCUGCUGGUCAACCACAAAGAUGCUGUUGGAUGCUAUGGUGACCACACUGAGUUUUCAAGUGAGGAGUUGCAGCUGUUGGAUAAUGAAGGCCGUGCUGUAAUCACACAACACAAAAUAAAAUGUCAGGAUAAAGAGAAAACCCUUACUGUUAUUAACGUAUACUGUCCGAGGGCUUAACGCAGCUCUUCCAGUACAUCAUUACUUAAUCUUUUUUAUGUUCUGUUUUCCAGCCAUGUGAUUGUUUUAGGAGACAUAAAUACAUCUCAUAGACCAAUAGACCACUGUGACCCUAGUGAAAUUGAUGAUUUUGGCGAAAACCCUGGGAGGAAAUGGCUGAAUGGCUUUUUGUACAGUGACAAAAAGGAAGAAGGGAGCGAUGAGGAGGAACAUGACAAAGAAUGCGAGGAAACAGCUCCACUCCACGGUGGGAAAUUUGUGGAUACCUUUCGCUUUUUCCACCCAACUCGCAUCAACGCCUUUACAUGCUGGUCUACUCUCACUGGAGCUCGGCAGACCAACUAUGGAACACGCAUUGACUACAUAUUUGCUGACUGCCAGCUUGCCAAGGAGCAGUUUGUGGGAGCCGACAUCAUGCCAGAGGUGGAGGGUUCUGACCACUGCCCUGUCUGGGGGCAGCUGAGCUGUUCACUCAUUUCUAGCCCAAAGCCUCCUCCCUUCUGUACUCGCUACCUGCCAGAGUUUGCAGGUAAACAGCAGAAACUCUCACGCUUCCUCGUUAAGGUGGACCAAAAAUCAGCCCAGUCUGAGCAGAAGAAUUCUUUGCCUGGUUCUCAAGAAGAGGAGGAAAGGAGAGAAAAUUUAAAUCCUUCUGGAGCUGCAAACAUCUCUGUUAAAAAACGUUCAUUGACAUCUGACUCGGUUGCCCCAAAGGGAAAAAAGACUAAGAUGGUAAAUGCUUCUUCAAAGCCUCAGGGCAACCUCCUUGCCUUUUUUAAAUCCAAAACCACAAACGUUAACCAGUGUGAAAAACCACUAAAUCUGGAUGAAGCUGCCAAACCACCCAUAACCGAAGAAGUGUUCUCUGUCGCAGACACCAAAUCUGAAGGUCCUGAGCUUAUCUCUGACGGUUCAUCACAGCAGUGCUCCAUAGCUGAUACUGACCAACAUAUGAACACAAAACAUUCAAUCCCUCAGCCCACUGUAAGGCAGUCAGAUGCAAAGAAAGGGACAUCGUCAGUGUUUUGGAAGUCGGUGCUUCAUGGACCACCUGCCCCACCGUGCUGUAAGGUCCACGAAGAACCAUGUGUUCUUCGUACUGUAAAAAAGGAGGGGCCAAACAUGGGCAAACAGUUUUUUGUGUGUGCACGUCCUCAGGGACAUGCGUCCAACCCUGAGGCUCGAUGCAAUUUCUUUGCAUGGGUUGACAAAGCAAAGUGACAUGUUUACAUUAAGGUCCAUCAGUUUCAGCAUAAACAAUUGUUUUAACAUUGCUUCAUAGUUGUAUGUUGUAGUUGUUGUAUUUUUCUUUUUCAUAUCAAAAUAAUAAA